CAAUACGACAGAUCUUUGUUAACUGAAGAUAUUAAUGGGGCUUAACCAAAAAAUAGGAAAAUCUACAUGAAUAGAGUUUUGCCUAAUUAAUUGACUUUAGAAGAAUAACUACGAUUAUAGUAUUAAAAAUAAUCAUUAUAGAAAAUAAAUACCUCAUCAAGAUAUUCGAUUUGGCAGAAGACGUUAUGAAAAUGAUGUUCAUCAUUUCUGUAAUCUAUGCCUACCUUAAGAACACUAAUACUUUGAUAAAAGAAAUAGAAGGCCUAAUGAAUUCCCAAAAGGUGAUAUUAAAUAAUAUUAGGGAUUGGGAAAUUAUUAAGAGUAUUCUAAGUAUGAAUUGGUUUUUGAUUAGGGUAAUUUGGGUUUGACAGAUUAUUAAGUACAAAAGAUAUUGAGGGUGCAGUUCCUGGAAGUUUAUAAAGUUAAGCAGUUCGAAAUCAAGAGAUUGCUAAAAAGUUAAGAUUAGAAAGAGAAAUAUAAAAUAAAUCUUGUAAUCAUUCUUAAAUUGAUGAAUUCACAAAAGAGGAAAAUUAUUUAUAUUCUGGAAGAGAUAGAUCAAAUAUAUUUUAAACAAAUUGCUUUUAAAGUAUGAAAUUAUUAACUUUUAGAAAAUUCUGAGAAAUCAUCAUAAUUACCACCUAUAGAAAGAAUAUCAGAUAAAAUAGAUCAUGUAGCUAAUAAACUUUAAUUAAGAUAGCCUCGUAAAAGUUUUUAAUUGGAAGACUUCAGAUUAAAAAAUAAAUAAGCAUUAUUAAGAAUAUUUAUUUGA